AUGGUGGAAUCUUGGUUAACUAUGUCGUUGCAGCUCGUGUCCUCGCUUCAAGCUCGUAUGCUCGAACUACUCGGCGUUCUCAAGUCAAAGGUACACGACCAACAUGUCUUACAGUCCUUUCUCACGCUCACAACAACGAAUGCGUGGGGUCUCUGGGGCCUAAAAGCAGUCUGCACAGCUGGUAUCUUGUACAUCUGCGGCAAGAUUUGUUCCAGGACGAUUCUGAACAACUGUACCCCGGACAAGUGGGACUGGACCCGCGAAGUGGUUCUCAUUACUAGCGGCUGCAGUGGAAUCGGAGAACAGGUGGCUCGAAAACUUGCAGAACGCCGGAUCACAGUCGCCGUACUCGACAUAAAGCCCCCUAAGACGACCCUGCCGGCCCAUGUUCAUUUUUACAAGUGUGACAUCACAUCCAUCGAGGCAAUUCGUCGUACCGCGGAACAGCUCCGCGAGAAUAUUGGCGAUCCAAGCAUCUUGAUCAACAACGCAGGUGUCUCCAAUUCGAGAGAUGUACUUGAGGAAACUGACGAGGAAAUCGAGCAAACUUUUCAUGUCAACAUUCUUGCUCAUUUUUGGAUAGUGCGUGAAUUUCUUCCGCACAUCAUCCAAAAGAACCAUGGACAUAUAGUCACUGUUGCCAGCAUGGCGAGCUUCGUGACGCUCGCAUCCAAUGUUUCCUACUCUUGUACAAAGGCUGCGACGUUGAGCUUUCACGAGGGACUGGCGCAGGAGCUGCGGCACAGAUAUGAGGCGAGGAAAGUCAGAACCUCGUAA